GUGUCGCCAUUUUGGACGGAGGCGGAGAAGCGGGGCGGCGGUGGCGGCGGCCAGAGCCUCUGAUCAGCGCAGUAAGCUGAAAGCUGCAAAAUAACCCUGAGAAGGGGGCAAGAACCCCAAUCCAUCUCGGCUGCUGGAAACUGGGGGCUGCUGAGCCAUCAUGGGGAACACCACCAGUGAGCGAGUGUCUGGGGAGCGCCAUGGCUCCAAGUCCCACCGCUCGGACGGCUCCGGUGCCCCCCACCCUACCAAGGAGCACCCGCACAAGAUCAUGGUGGGCAGCACCGAUGACCCCAGUGUUUUCAGCUCUCAUGACUCCAAGAUUCCUGGGGACAAGGAGUUUGUGACGUGGCAGCCAGAUCUGGAGGAGUCAGUGAAGCCAUCCCAACAGGCUCGUCCCACUGUCAUCCGCUGGGCCGAUGGAGGCAAAGAGGUCUUCAUCUCUGGAUCUUUCAACAACUGGAGCACUAAGAUCCCGCUCAUCAAGAGCCACAAUGACUUUGUUGCUAUCCUGGACCUCCCGGAAGGAGAGCACCAGUACAAAUUUUUUGUGGACGGCCAGUGGGUCCAUGACCCGUCUGAGCCUGUGGUCACCAGCCAGAUGGGGACGAUUAACAACCUGAUUCACGUCAAGAAGUCUGACUUUGAGGUGUUCGAUGCUUUGAAGGUGGAUUCCCUGGAGAGCUCAGAAACCUCAGGUCGGGACUUAUCAAGCUCACCACCUGGUCCUUACGGCCAAGAGAUGUACGUAUACCGGCCCGAGGAGCGCUUCAAAUCCCCACCCAUCCUCCCGCCUCACCUCCUUCAGGUCAUCCUGAACAAGGACACCAAUAUCUCGUGUGACCCAGCACUGCUGCCCGAACCCAACCACGUCAUGCUCAAUCACCUCUACGCGCUCUCCAUCAAGGAUGGCGUGAUGGUGCUCAGUGCCACGCACCGCUACAAGAAGAAGUACGUCACCACGCUGCUGUACAAGCCCAUCUGAGCUGGGGCCUCUCCCGCUCCCCGCACAGGACACGAAACGCCGCUUUGUCUGCACACGGUGGGCCACGGGACUGCGUGAGGACUGGCCGCUGGCUCCAGCCUCGAACCUGGCAGGGACACAGGCCUCGGCGAUGAGCCCAGGGCCGCUGGGGCCUGUGACACUGUCCUAUCCUGCUGGUGUGGUUUGAUUUAACCCUUGGUUUCCGCCCACCUACAGCUCCCCUUGGCUUCUGUGAGUCUCUGAGGCCACUGUGUUUGCUGCUCACCAGAAUAGCCUUUCCUCGUGCCCGACACAGAAAGGGCUUCACCCUACCCGUCUUCUCCAGCCUGCAAGGGCCCUGAGGCGGUCCUGGCACUGUCCCCAGCCCACGCCUCCAGGAACGUGUCCUACCUGCUGAAGGUUGCUGUGCUGUCCUGGUGAUGAGCCUCCGAGGCCACCUUGAUCCCUAGGGGCUUUGGGACAUGCCGGCCUGCCUCCUGUCCCACAGCCCUGAGUGUGGGACUGCUCCCCAGCUUCGAGGAAGGCUCCCGGCUGCGGCCCCAGCCCUCUGCCAGGUCCAGCGUGGAGCCAGCGGGAGGGAGGAUACAGUUGGACACAGCCGCACUUACCGGCCGCUGGGACAGCACCAUCAAGGACUGAACGCCUGCUCCGUCCCCAACAUGGAGUGCUUCUGUGGGACAGGGCUGACCGUCACAGCCAGAGGGGCACCCGCGCACGCCCACGCUGGAGGGGGCCUGGGGAGAGCAGAGCCCGGCAAGGUACCCCAGGCCCCCAGCUACACCGCCUGCUGCCAGAGCAGUGCCAUGUGACAGGGUUUUCUCUUAUUUAUUACAGUAUUUAUUGUUCUCGGU